CAGGAAGUAAAAAUAUUUCCGGGAAGCGGUACAUUUGAUUAAAAAUGAAUAUCCAGGAUGAUAUGGAGUGGAUUACUUGUGAUUCUCCGGUCAAUAUUGCGGUUAUAAAAUACUGGGGAAAGAGAGAUGAGAAACUGAUUUUGCCAUUGAAUUCUUCAGUCAGUAUCACCUUGAACCAUGAAGAGCUGAGAGCCAGAACUACAGUUGCUAUAAGCAGAAACUUCAACGAAGACAAGAUGUGGUUAAAUGGAAAGGAGCAAUCCAUGAAAAAUGCCAGAUUACAGUCUGUCAUAUCACAAAUAAAAAGGCUGAGCAGAAAAAGGAAGACAGAUUGUGAUCAGCUGGAUGAAAAGCUGCAAUGGAAACUACACAUUUGUUCAGAGAACAACUUCCCAACUGCUGCUGGGCUUGCAUCCUCUGCAGCUGGGUAUGCCUGUUUGGUGUAUGCUUUGUCUAAGCUGUAUGGCAUUAAUGGAGAUAUAUCCAAAAUAGCUAGACUAGGCUCUGGCAGUGCCUGUCGCAGUUUGUAUGGAGGCUUUGUCAUCUGGAACAAAGGAGAAUCGUCUGAUGGGGAGGACUCAAAGGCAGAACAAAUAGCCCCAGAAACACACUGGCCAGAGCUUAGGAUACUUAUACUAGUGGUUUCGGAUCAAACUAAGCACACAGGAAGCACAGUGGGUAUGCAGACAACUGUAGCAACAUCAGAACUCCUGCAGCAACGAUUACAAACUGUACCUCAGAAAGUUGACAAGAUCAAACAAGCAAUACUGAAUAAAGACUUCCAUUCAUUUGCAGAAAUAACAAUGAAGGACAGUAAUCAGCUGCAUGCUGUUUGCUUGGACACAUAUCCCCCCGUGUCGUAUCUCACCGACACAUCUCAUCACAUCAUGCAGCUUGUUCAUGCAAUUAAUGAAGACAAUACCUCAAACAUGGUAGCUUACAGCUUUGAUGCAGGUCCUAAUGCCUUCUUAUUCAUGCAAGAAAAAGAUGUCCCAACAAUUAUAAAUAUUCUUCGUUACUUCUAUCCCAGUUCUGACCCCCACUUUCUUAGAGGAUUACCAGUUCCAGAGAAGGAUGAUUAUCAUGUGGAUUAUACUACGUUCAUUGAACUUAAAGUGGUUCCCAGGGCCCUUAAAUUUGUCAUCUACACAAAACCUGGACCAGAGCCAAGUGUGAAGGAAACGGAUUGUGGACUUCUAGCCAGUGAUGGCUUACCUAAACUUCAUCAAUGACAGGACCUGAACCAUGAAGAGAUUUUUGCAAUACUCUAUAACUCUUUUUAUAUGAAAUAUAAUAAAAUGAAAAACACUAA